ACGGCCGCAUUCAAAUCAGGUUUUGAAGUUAGUCAUGGAUGAAGCGCACAGCUUUCAAAAGUCAUUUUGGAAAAGGCAAGGGAACAAAGUUCCUGGAAGUGUCCAUGUUGUAACGGCGGGAUCCACUCCCGGCGGUGUUCCUUCCAAUGUCGUUGGAGCCCAAUACUCAUAUACCACGUUAAUAACAUCUAAGAUAUUGAACAAAGAAGCUCAGUCUUCGGCUUCUGUACCUUCUUAUAUUGGCCAACCGGGCAAUGUGUCAAAGGCAACCCCAUCACUCGACUCCUCCAAAUCUGGGCAUUCGCACCCUUUGCCACCUAUCAAAAACUUCAAUGUGUUCAUGCAACAAACCGACAACGAGUGGGAUGAUGCACUCGACGAUGUAAAUAAUAGCAAUCUUCCAGAAGAAGAGAAGGAAGUUACACCCGAUGUUCCAGUGUUUCAGAAGAGGGUUCAUACAAAAACGAGCAGGCCAGGAACUCCUUCUGCGUCCGAAACGAAUACACCUUCGGAGCAACCUGUGCAAUCACCACGGCCAAGUGAAUCUAAAAGGAAAAAUACAAAUGGCUUAAAAGACAAUAUUCCAGACUUAAUUACAGAUCCGUCCAAUUUAUUACGAUCAUGCAUACAAGAUGUGGAUAAAGUGGAUGCAAAGUAUACGCGAUUUAAAAAUAUCCUUUCCUGCAGCAAUAUCGAUUUAGCCGCAUUACGCGAACUUAGUUGGAGUGGUAUACCGGCCGAUUUUCGGCCUAUGGCUUGGCAAAUCCUUUUGGGCUACCUUCCAUGCAAUUCUGAUCGGCGUGUCGCCACUCUAGCGCGUAAACGAAAGGAGUAUGAGGAUGGAAUGACUGCAGCUUAUGCAAGAGGCACUGCUGGACUUGACCAAACACUGUGGCAUCAGAUACAUAUUGACAUACCAAGGACAAAUCCCGGAAUACCAUUGUAUCAGUCUGAAGCAACACAAAUGUGCCUGGAACGGAUUCUCUAUCUUUGGUCUAUACGACAUCCUGCCAGUGGAUAUGUGCAAGGUAUCAAUGACCUAGUAACGCCCUUUUUCCAUGUAUUUUUAUCCAUGUACAUAGAUGACGAAGCCGAAACGUACGAUGUGAGCUUAUUGCCAAAAGAAGUAUUGAGUGUUAUCGAAGCAGAUAGCUUUUGGUGUUUAUCCAAACUACUGGACGGCAUACAGGACAAUUAUACCUUUGCACAACCAGGAAUUCAACGCCAGAUCGCAACGCUUAAGGAGUUGACCUGUCGAAUUGACGCACCUUUGGCUAUGCAUCUCCAGAACGAAGGAAUAGAGUUUAUACAAUUUGCAUUUCGGUGGAUCAACUGUUUGUUGAUGCGAGAAAUAUCCUUACGCAACACCGUGCGCAUGUGGGACACAUACCUUGCGGAAGGUUCUGAAGGAUUUUCUGAAUUCCACGUGUAUGUAUGUGCAUCGUUCCUUGCGACGUGGUCAGUCCAACUUAAGCAAAUGGAUUUUCAGGACAUCAUGAUCUUUCUGCAGCAAGUACCUACAUCGAAUUGGAAGGAAAAGGAUAUCGAAUUACUCCUCUCACAAGCCUAUAUGUGGAAAAGCCUAUUCCAUAAUGCACCCAAUCAUUUGAAGAAAUAAAACGUAAAGGAGAACAGAAGGUCAAACUCCUGCAUUUCUACUAACAUGCCUGGUUGCAAAGGGGGUAGAAGGGAAUAAAACGUGGGACGCCACGUUGUUCUGUGGCCCUAACAAACUAUUUCAAGGGAUUCGCACUGAAAAUUAAACCCUGUUCUCCCUUCAUUCCGCGGGUUGGUUACCAUUAUAAAAAGAAACCCGACUAAGACC